AUGUACAUCUGCCUUGAUGCUUGUAAGAAGGGAUUCAAAGCUGGAUGCAGGCCCUUAAUUGGGUUGGAUGGAUGCUUUUUGAAGGGCUAUUAUGGAGGUCAAUUAUUGAGUGAUGUGGGUGAAGAUGCAAACAAACAAUUCUAUGUGAUUGCAUAUGCCGUGGUUGAUAGUGAGACGAAGGACAAUUGGAAGUGGUUUCUGACAUUAUUACAGGAAGAUUUAGGGGACCAUGCAGUAUUUGGUUGGAACUUCAUUUCGGAUCAACAGAAGGGACUUGUCCCAGCCUUGAAGGAAAUUAUGUCAGGUUCACACCACAGGUUCUGUGUACAACAUGUAUGGAAGAACUUCAUCAAGCAGUGGAAGGAUAAAGAGACAAGAGGAAUUUUAUGGGAAUGUGCUAGAUGCACCACUGUUCCCCAAUUUGAGAAGGUCAUGCAAAGGCUGAAGACUCUAAACGAACCAGCUUGGAAGUAUCUUGACAAUAUACACCCUUCGUGUUGGGUUAAGGCCUAUUACAGUCACUGGCCUAAAUGUGACAAUAUCACGAAUAAUAUGGCUGAGGUGUGGAAUGCAAAGAUUGUGAAUUAUAGGGACAAACCUAUAAUAACAUUGUGUGAGGAAUUGAGGUGCUACAUAAUGCGAAGGAUGGCAGCACACAAGAGGAUUCUACAAACCUUUAGGGGUAAGAUAGCACCUGCACAGCAGAAGAGGCUUGACCAGUUGAAGGUUGCAAGCAAUUCUUGGACACCAACAUGGACUGGAAACUUGGUCCAAGAUCUCUAUAAAGUAUCUGGAAAGGGUCAACGUGUUGGGGUGAAUUUAACUCAACAAACUUGUAGUUGUAAUGUGUGGCAGCUGACUGGAUUGCCUUGUGAACAUGCCAUUGCUGCCAUUGCACACAAGAAUGAACCUGUGGAAAAUCAUGUUCACCAAUGGCUGACAGUGGAUGCUUUGCAUGCCACUUAUGAACACACUCUCAACCCAGUCAAUUCCCAACAAUAUUGGCCAGCUUGUGAUGCCCCAAAACCACUUCCUCCACGCUUGAAAAGACCUAUUGGACGUCCAAAAAAACAUCGCAAGAAAGAUCCCACUGAAGAGCUUAUGAAGACCAACAAGAAGCUUAAGAAGACUUACACAGUUCAAUGCUCCAAAUGUGGUCAGACUGGUCAUUACCCCAAGACAUGUGAGGGACCUGCUGGUGGAUCAAAGAAAAAAACUAAACCGGUUAAUGUUGAAGUUGGCCAGUCAAGGACAGUUGAAGAGAUCCUCAUGAGCAUGAGUCAGGGCUGCCCUCCACUAGAGACAAGCAGCCAGCAUGCACCAAAUGCAGCUGAACCAAGAGCCAGCAGCCCACCACCAUGCAAUCCUGCUGAGGCAGUGACCAGUGAGACAGCAGUGGCACCAGAGCAAGAUUCAUAA